CCGCCCGGUGGCGGGCGCGGUUGAGGCGGGCAGGGCCGUGGGCCCGCCCGGAGACUGGCGCCGCCUACAAUGGACGCCCUAGAGGAAGAGAGCUUCGCGCUGUCCUUCUCCUCUGCCUCUGAUGCAGAAUUCGAUGCUGUGGUUGGAUGUUUAGAGGACAUUAUUAUGGAUGCUGAGUUCCAGCUACUGCAGAGAAGCUUCAUGGACAAGUACUACCAGGAAUUUGAAGACACUGAAGAGAAUAAGCUCACCUAUACUCCCAUUUUUAAUGAAUAUAUUUCCCUGGUAGAGAAGUACAUUGAAGAGCAGUUGCUGAAGCGUAUCCCAGGCUUCAAUAUGGCAGCCUUCACCACCACAUUGCAGCACCAUAAGGAUGAAGUGGCUGGCGACAUCUUUGACAUGCUGCUCACGUUCACGGAUUUCCUGGCUUUCAAGGAGAUGUUCCUGGACUAUAGAGCAGAAAAGGAAGGCCGAGGACUGGACUUAAGCAGCGGCUUGGUGGUGACUUCUCUGUGUAAGUCAUCUUCUACGCCAGCUUCCCAGAACAACCUACGGCACUAGGUCCCUCCUUCAUACAGUGGGUGUGAUGGAUAUGAGGUCACCAGCCCAGCAGGCUCAGAAAUGUGGGCUAAUGAUGACAGAUGCAUCCUGCAAGACCCACUGUGCCACAGCCCUUCGUUCAUGUGAAGUAUUGACGAGUCCUGGAAAACAUGACUGACCUUCCUG